CCGCUGCCGCCGCGCACCCCCGGCCCCCGAGCCCGGCGCUGCAGGAUGCCGGGGGGCAAGAGAGGGCUGGUGGCACCGCAGAACACCUUCCUGGAGAACAUCGUCCGGCGCUCCAGCGAAUCCAGUUUUUUGUUGGGAAAUGCCCAGAUUGUGGACUGGCCCGUAGUUUAUAGUAAUGACGGAUUUUGCAAACUCUCUGGAUACCACCGAGCUGACGUCAUGCAGAAGAGUAGCACCUGCAGUUUUAUGUAUGGUGAACUGACAGACAAGAAGACCAUUGAAAAAGUCAGGCAGACUUUCGACAACUAUGAGUCAAACUGCUUUGAAAUUCUCCUCUACAAGAAAAACAGAACCCCAGUUUGGUUCUACAUGCAAAUUGCACCUAUAAGAAAUGAACAUGAAAAAGUGGUUUUGUUCUUGUGCACUUUUAAGGAUAUCACUUUGUUCAAGCAACCGAUCGAAGAUGAUUCAACAAAAGGCUGGACCAAGUUUGCCCGGCUGACGCGGGCGCUGACCAACAGCCGCAGCGUCCUGCAGCAGCUGACGCCCAUGAACAAGGCUGAGGUGGUGCACAAGCACUCCCGCUUGGCUGAAGUUCUCCAGCUGGGAUCUGAUAUUCUUCCUCAGUACAAGCAAGAAGCUCCAAAGACUCCACCACACAUUAUACUCCACUAUUGUGCUUUUAAGACCACCUGGGACUGGGUCAUCUUAAUUCUUACCUUCUACACAGCAAUCAUGGUUCCAUAUAACGUGUCCUUCAAGACAAAGCAGAACAACAUUGCCUGGCUGGUGCUGGACAGCGUCGUGGACGUUAUUUUUCUGGUUGACAUAGUUUUGAACUUUCACACCACCUUUGUUGGCCCCGGGGGAGAGGUUAUAUCUGAUCCCAAGCUCAUACGGAUGAACUACCUGAAGACGUGGUUUGUGAUUGAUCUUCUGUCCUGUUUACCAUAUGACAUCAUCAAUGCCUUUGAGAAUGUGGAUGAGGGAAUCAGUAGCCUCUUCAGCUCCUUGAAAGUGGUGCGCCUUCUACGGCUGGGCCGGGUGGCCAGGAAGCUGGACCAUUACCUGGAAUAUGGUGCUGCCGUGCUGGUGCUGUUGGUGUGUGUCUUUGGGCUGGUGGCCCACUGGCUGGCCUGCAUCUGGUACAGCAUUGGGGACUACGAGGUGAUCGAUGAACUGACCAACACCAUCAAAACAGACAGCUGGCUCUACCAGCUGGCCCUGAGCAUCGGCACCCCGUAUCGCUACAACAGCACGGGCUCGGGCCAGUGGGAAGGAGGGCCCAGCAAAGACUCCUUGUACAUAUCCUCCCUCUACUUUACCAUGACAAGCCUUACAACCAUAGGAUUUGGGAACAUAGCACCCACCACUGAUGGGGAGAAGAUUUUUUCGGUGGCCAUGAUGAUGGUUGGCUCUCUUCUUUAUGCAACUAUUUUUGGAAACGUCACCACCAUUUUCCAGCAAAUGUAUGCCAACACCAACCGCUACCAUGAGAUGCUGAACAACGUGAGGGAUUUCCUAAAAUUAUAUCAAGUCCCAAAAGGCCUUAGUGAAAGAGUCAUGGAUUACAUUGUCUCAACCUGGUCCAUGUCUAAAGGAAUUGACACAGAAAAGGUGCUCUCGAUCUGCCCAAAGGACAUGAGAGCAGACAUCUGCGUGCACCUGAACCGGAAGGUUUUCAACGAGCACCCUGCCUUCCGGCUGGCCAGCGACGGCUGCCUGCGAGCCCUGGCCGUGGAGUUCCAGACCAUCCAUUGUGCCCCGGGGGACCUCAUCUACCACGCUGGGGAAAGCGUUGAUGCUCUCUGCUUUGUGGUCUCAGGAUCCUUGGAAGUCAUCCAGGACGACGAGGUGGUGGCUAUUUUAGGUAAAGGUGAUGUGUUUGGUGAUAUCUUCUGGAAGGAAACCAGCCUGGCCCAUGCCUGUGCCAACGUUCGGGCUCUGACCUACUGCGAUUUGCAUAUAAUUAAGCGAGAAGCCUUGCUGAAAGUGCUGGACUUUUACACUGCUUUUGCCAACUCCUUCUCCAGGAACCUCACGCUCACCUGCAAUCUGAGGAAGAGGAUCAUCUUCAGGAAGAUCAGCGAUGUCAAGAAGGAGGAAGAGGAGCGCCUGCGCCAGAAGAACGAGGUGACGCUGAGCAUCCCCGUGGACCACCCUGUGCGGAAACUCUUCCAGAAAUUCAAGCAGCAAAAGGAGAUGCGCAAUCAAGGCUCGACCCACGUCGACCCCGAGCGGAACCAGCUGCAGGUGGAAAGCAGGAGCGUGCAGAACGGCGCCUCCAUCACGGGCACCAGCGUGGUCACCGUGUCCCAGAUCACACCCAUCCAGACCACCCUGGCCUACAUGAAAAGCAGCGAGGCCGUGAAGCAGAACAACCGCGACGUGAUGGAGCUCAAGCCCAACGGCAACGGAGACCAGAAAUGCCUCAAAGUGAACAGCCCCAUGCGGAUGAAGAACGGGAACGGGAAAGGCUGGCUUCGGCUGAAGAACACCAUGGGCACCCACGAGGAGAAGAAGGAGGACUGGAACAACGUCACAAAGGCCGAGUCCAUGGGGUUGCUGUCCGACGACCCCAAGUCCAAUGACUCAGAGAACGGUGUAAAUAAAAACCCACUGAGGAAAACAGACUCUUGUGACAGUGGAAUAACAAAAAGUGACCUUCGCUUGGAUAAAGCUGGUGAGACUCGCAGCCCCCUGGAGCACAGCCCCAUCCAGGCGGAUGCUAGGUGUCCUUUCUACCCCAUUCCUGAGCAGGCCUUACAAACCACGCUGCAGGAAGUCAAGCACGAACUCAAAGAAGAUAUCCAGCUGCUAAGCAGUAGGAUGGCUGCCCUUGAGAAGCAGGUGGCAGAAAUUUUAAAAAUAUUGUCCGAAAAGAACGUAUCCCAGCUCUCUUCCCCCAAGUCUCAUUUAUCACCCCAGUCCCCUCCCCAGAUACCCUGUCAGGAUAUUUUUAGUGUUUCAAGGCCUGCAUCACCUGAAUCUGAAAAAGAUGAAAUCCACUUUUAGCAUAUACCUAUGUGUAUAUAUGUAUACAGUAUAUAUGCAGAGGUGUAUAUAUACCUUUAUACAUAUAUAUAUAUAUAUAUAAAAAUGUGUGUGUAUACGGUAAAUAUAUAUACAUAUAUAUUUUCACUUGCAUCCAAUAUGACUUGAAGACACCAAGGAUUUUGAUAUGUAAAUAUUGCAUGUCCAGCUGGAUUCUGGCCUGCCAAAGAAAGCAAUUAUUAACAUAGAUAUUGCUUGUAUAAUAUGCAGUUGACUGCAUGCACACUUUACAUUUAUUUAUAAUCCUAUUAUGUAAUAAAAGAAUGACUUUUGUUUAACAAAGGCAAUGUACUAUUUAAAGAAUCAGGGUCUAACCUGCCAAUAUUGCCAUGACAGUUUUGAUCUCAGGCUGGGUGAAUUGAGCUUUUAUUUCCUCCUACUGUCUUUUCUGCUGACAGAAAAGACAGAGUUAAACAGUAGAUUAAUAUGACGUGAAGGACACGUUCAGACUCCUGUUAGUAUUGUUUCCUGGUAUCAUUCCAUGACAAUAUACUGUAUAUUUGGUGAUGAAUUCCCCUACUCCUAAAGGGAGGGCUCAGCUCAGUGGGCAGGGAAGGGCACCAUGCCUGGUGCUAGGAUGGAUCACUGGAAUUUAUUUGUGUGGGUAUUGUGCAUGCACAGCCUUUUAUUUCAAGUAUCCUCCUGCUCUUUUAACAUCGUAAGAAAUAAUAAUUAUAAGAAUAAUAACAAUGGUGAUUUAUGUAACAAAAUGAAACUAACAGAAACUCAGUUGCACUCCCUGAGUGUUUGGGGGUAACUUCUUUCUUGAAAGCCUCCUUUUACUGAUGCCAUUUUUACUGAACUGUUAGAGUAACAUUAUGUAAAUUCUCUUUGCAGCACUCAGUGGUGAUGUCCAGUUCUGUCAGUAUCUUCAUCAGCAUGUCCCAUUUUUGUGGGGUUGAGGUUGUUCUCCCACUGUCCCCCCUAUUGCCCCUGGCAGAAAAACUUAGUGUGAGGUCUGAGCAAGGGAGAGAACACUCGUAGUUCAGCUUCUUGGGAAACCACAUGAGCAGGUUUGAACGCCUGAAGUUAAAAGGUUGCAGUAAAUCCCCCUCCAUUCUCUUUCACGAGGACAUUUAUCAGUCUGCAGCUGCUUUUAGAAAGAGAGAAAAUAACUGGUCAGGAUGUAAUUCUCUUUAGUCCAAGGUGCUUGGAUGAUAAUGUGUGGGUGGGAGAGUGGUGGUGGUGCUGGGGGGAUGGAGCCCUGCUGGAGUGCUGCUCGUGCCGUGGGCUCGUGGAGGGUUUCAGUGCUUGGAGGGGGCACGAUUCAGGAGCAGACUUGCACUGCCCACAGGUCCCACACAUACUGAGUCCUUCAGGUUGGUGUCAGGCUCUGUCCUUCCUCUUAGCUGACUCCCAUUGGCAUCUCCCAGCAUUGGGCUGUGCUCAGACCCCCCUCUCCACCUCCUGGGCUGAAGCUGCUGGCUUUGCAGGGCUGCAGCAGGGCAAGCUUUGCACUGGUUCUUGUUUGAUCUUGAGUUUGGAGCUGGACUUUUGGACUCUGCCCCUGAGUGUGGUGAGGGUUUUUGCCUCUCAGUUUGCACUGGUUUGAAUGCAGGUACACAAGAUGCUUAGCAGAAAUUGCCAUUGCAGCCUCAGAGAUGUUACCUGGUGUGGUUUGAGGCCAGCCCAGCAGAGCACAGUGGCUCCUUCAGAGAAGGAUUCCCUCUGGCUCUGGCUUAAAUGACCUCUUGUAUCAAGAUCCUGUGUUUUCAAAAGUGCCUGGAGUAAAACAUGUAUGUACCACAAGGCAUCACUACGAUUCAGGUAGAUCAAAUACAUGAUUAUAAUUAGUGAGCAUUCAAAACACACACCAGUAUUAGAUCCAUUUUUUAACAUUAGAAAAAUGGACUGAACAAAAUCACUUCCUAAAAACCUAACAAAAUCCCUAAAACCCAAACAAACCAUCACUAGUGGCAAUUAGGAAUCUACAUCUUAGGGUGAACAGAUCUUCAACCAUGAAAUCCAAACCCAUAGAGCUACAAAAGCUCGGAAGAAAGACAGAGAAAUCAUUGCUUCUGUAGUGUCAAUUUGUGGAGGAUUUUUGAGAGAUGAUAGUUUUUUCUGUCCCAUUUCUGCCCCUUUCUUUAGGAAAUUAGAGAUGCCAAAAAAAAAACCCAAAAAACCCCCCCAAAAACCUGAAAAGAACAAAAAGCCACAGUAGGGGACAGCUCUUCCCAAAGCCUGGUGAUCAUCCCACCUGCUCAUUUUAGUUCUCCACAGCUACAGUUGCCUCUGUCAAAAUUUUCAGCUGUACUUUGCAGCUGCUGUUCUGACACAAGUGCAAAUCCAUGACUCUGCAGCAUGGUUUGGGCUGCAAGAACAACCUGCACCUGCACAACAACAGGAACUUCCAUUCCUGUGCUAAGUCCCACCCUGAGACUCUGAAAGAAGGGGGAGGUUAUGGGGUUAGGGAGUUACAGGGUUGCUGCAGGAGUCUGCACACACCUUGUGGGUGCAGUUUAAGUGCCAAGAUGUCAAGUGUUGAAUGUUCCUGCCUGACUUUGUCUGCUGGUUAAGACAGACACACAGCCACUGCCCAGGGCUGCCUGGUGAAUAGCUGAGCCACACAGGCUCAGUCUGGGGGCCAGACUUUGUUAAAAUUCCUGGAAUACAUGAACCUGCCAUGAAGUGAUGCUGUAAAAGAGACAGCAGGAUAAUGGGGAUUGGUUUUGUUAGAAAGCUUUAGCCUUAAUGGCAUUCCUCUGCCUUUGUGACAGACUUGUUUUCUUUCUCUAUGACUGAUAAAAAUUCUAGGUAGAACCGCAUGGCAUGCAAAGGGAUCUCUGUUUAGGUUUAUCUUGCAAGUCAGGUGUAACUUUGUGCCACCUUACAAUGAGAGAAUGUGUUAACAGGAUUAGUCUGACCUUGAAAACCAUUUGGGCAGGCCCAGAAUGUCUUUUGCAGUUCAAGUGCAGCUUGAGCAUUUCAAAUGUGUAGUGGCUAAAUAGUGUAAAAUACCAAGUUCAUGAAACAAAUACGGUGUCUCCAGGUCUGCUUCUAGUGCUGCUUUGACUCUGAUAUUCCAGCACUGUCCAUUGCAAGUUCAGUGGAACAGCUUGUACCCUGCACAAAGCAGUGGUGAGAUGGUACCCUGCAGGCACAGGCUGUGGAUGGGCUGUCCUAGGCUCUGUGUGCUGGGGGAUGCCCAGUUUGUGGGGUUGGCUAUGGCUGGUGUGAUUCUGAAGGACUUUGCCUCCAAAAUCCAUGUUGGGAGCAUUCCAUGUUGCUUCAUGGAGUUGUCAGCAGUUUGUCUCCUGUCCCCUCGUGUUGUGCAUGAUGUGAUGAGUGACUGGGGCCUUCCUUCUCUGUUAAAAAGCAUGUUUAACAGUCCUGUAGUUCAGGCUGGACUGAAAGCAACCACCUGUAGUCAUUAAGUGCAAUAAGGACACCCAGGUGUCACUUCCACCCAGGCCAGUGCUCAAGCAGUGACACACCAUGAGGAGGGAGCUCUUGGCUGCAUGCUUUCCUUUCCUUUCUUGUAAGAACUCAACACCUGUACAGAUGUUCCUGCCAGAUGCUGGGAACAGCAUCCUUAGCAUCUACCCUGUGCUUUGUGUGUCCAAAGCAUUUUACCUGCACACGAGUGGAUUUUAUCUUUCUGGACUUUGGAACAGAAAUAAAAUGUGUCCAGAAAAUGUGUACAGAAAAGUAAACACUUCCCAAAGCAAAUGAACUAGAGUACUUCUAAUAGCUUUUUUUGUGUAAUGUUGCAUAUAAGAGAUAGAACAGCACUUCAGGAUAAUUACUGAUAAAAUAAUAUUGUUGUGGUGAAGAUUCAGUUCUUCUAAAUUUGUAUUUGUAAAUCUUUUAUUUUUUCUGUCUUUGCCAGGGCACGGGGGUUAGAGCAGAGCUGAUUCUGGAAGUGACAAACUUUAGCUUUGUCCAUUUUUCUUUUCUGUGUUCUGCAGAAGUAGCACAACUGUAGGGUUUUGAUGCUCUGCACCAAAGUUUGGGCUCAUUGCUAGACUCAAGUUCAGUCUUCAUUUACCACCACAUGGAGAGUAACCCUGUUGCACAGGUGUGAAGGUUGAAUCUGAUAAUCAGAUCAGACUUUAAUGUGUGUUUUGAAUCCCAGGACAGUUUCAGAGGGCUGAAAGCUGCAGAAAUAAUGUACGCUUUGCAAAGCCAAGAGCAGUUCCCUGGAAGUAACUGAGACUGUUCCACAGAUGUCAUCAUUGCCUGGGUCAGAAAACAGAUAUUGUGCUCAUGAAAUAGCUUAGAGGAUUUUGGGGGAAAAAAUGUCCUGAACUGGAAGGGAAAACAAACAAACAAAAAAAAAAAAGCCAAAGGUUUAAUAUGGAAUUUGGACAUAGAGGGAUAUAUUGUGAGAAAUUUACAGUUUUUUUACUUGGACAUUGAGCAUUUAGAAAACCCAAUCCUAUAUUUUUGGAUGUCAGAAUUGGACAGAUUGUCUCUCAAAAUAAAUACAUUUUCCCUAA